AUGUCUGGUUUGCUCAACAAACUAUCUCCGGCCAGACGGGUCCUCAAAAGCGACGACCUUCCUCUGUUUUACCAUGACCAAAAGUCAGCAGACGUUCAGAGAUCCCAGAGAGACACAGCGCGAGUUUCCGUCUCACUCGCAGAGCUUCUCAAGAGCGUGGAAGAUGAACGAAAUAACCCGAGUAAGGCUUUAGAUGUUGCCGUUGCCUCCAAUUUCUGGACCUCGGUUCCAACUUAUUCAGGUCCUUCUUCUUCUCCGUUUGUGCUCUCCUUCAAAGACUUGACUUACAGCGUGAAGAUCAAGAAGAAGUUUAACCCGCUCACCAUUUGCGCGAAUUCGCCUUCUGAUGAUAUGGAGAUGAGUACUAAGGUGCUUCUCAAUGGCAUCUCCGGUGAAGCACGAGAAGGAGAGAUGAUGGCUGUUCUUGGAGCAAGCGGUUCAGGGAAAUCAACGCUCAUCGACGCAUUAGCAAACCGUAUCGCCAAAGAGAGCCUACGAGGCUCCAUUACUCUAAACGGGGAAGUUCUUGAAUCACGCCUGCAUAAAGUCAUAUCAGCGUACGUGAUGCAAGACGACCUUCUCUUCCCGAUGCUCACCGUGGAAGAAACGUUAAUGUUCUCUGCAGAGUUCAGGCUCCCAAGCUCCUUAUCCAAGAAGAAGAAAGCAGCGAGAGUUCAAGCUCUCAUCGACCAGCUCGGGUUAAGAAGCGCUGCGAAAACAGUGAUUGGCGAUGAAGGACACAGAGGCGUCUCCGGUGGAGAAAGAAGACGAGUCUCGAUCGGAAUUGACAUUGUUCAUGACCCGAUCAUCCUCUUCCUCGACGAGCCAACCUCAGGUCUAGACUCAACAAGCGCCUUCAUGGUUGUUAAAGUGCUUCAGAGAGUCGCGCAAAGCGGGAGCAUAGUGAUCAUGUCGAUCCAUCAGCCGAGUUACAGAAUCCUGGGCUUGCUCGAUAAGUUAAUCUUCCUUUCCAGAGGGAACACAGUUUUCAGCGGCUCGCCGACGAACCUCCCUCGGUUCUUCUCGGAAUACGGCCAUCCGAUUCCGGAGAACGGGAACAGAACGGAGUUCGCGUUAGAUCUCAUCCACGAGCUGGAAGAUUCAACGGAAGGAACAAAAGAUCUAGUCGAGUUCCACAAGCAAUGGAGGGCAAAGCAAAAUUCAUCAAGCCAGAGCAGGAGAAACAGUAUCAACGUCUCUCUCAAAGACGCAAUCAACGCGAGCAUCUCCAAAGGGAAGCUUUUCUCCGGAGCGACGAAUCUGAAAUCGUCGUUUCAGACUUUCGCAAACCCGUUCUGGACUGAGAUGGUUGUAAUCGGGAAACGAUCGAUGCUAAACUCGAGGAGACAACCGGAGCUAUUCGGGACCCGGUUAGGAGCGGUUCUAGUCACCGGAACCAUCCUCGCAACGAUUUUCUGGAAAUUAGACAAUUCGCCGAGAGGUAUACAAGAGCGAUUAGGGUUCUUCGCGUUCGCGAUGUCCACGACGUUCUACACGUGCGCGGAAGCGAUUCCGGUCUUUCUACAGGAGCGAUACAUAUUCAUGAGAGAAACCGCUUACAACGCUUACCGGAGAUCAUCGUACGUCCUCGCUCACACGAUAAUCUCGAUCCCGGCUCUGUUGAUCUUAUCCGGUUGCUUCGCCGCAACGACUUUCUGGGCCGUCGGACUCGCUGGAGGUUCCGAGGGAUUCCUCUUCUUCUUCUUAACGAUCCUCGCGUCGUUCUGGGCAGGGAGCUCCUUCGUGACGUUCUUAUCCGGCGUCGUUUCGCACGUGAUAAUCGGAUUCACGGUGGUUGUGGCGAUCCUCGCUUAUUUCCUCCUCUUCUCCGGAUUCUUCAUCGCCCGAGAUCGGAUCCCGAUCUACUGGAUCUGGUUCCACUACCUCUCGCUCGUGAAAUACCCUUACGAAGGAGUCCUGCAGAACGAGUUCGAAGAUCCGGCGAAAUGCUUCGUCCGGGGGAUCCAGAUGUUCGACAAUUCGCCGCUGGGGAAAGUCCCGGCCGCCAUGAAAAUCAGCUUGCUGAAGAGCAUGAGCAGCGUUCUCGGGAUCAAUGUAACGGCGGAGACGUGCGUGACGACGGGAAUCGACAUAUUGAAGCAGCAAGGGAUCACAGAUAUCAGCAAAUGGAAUUGCUUGUGGGUCACUGUCGCUUGGGGAUUCUUCUUCAGAAUUCUCUUCUACUUCACGCUCUUGAUUGGAAGCAAGAACAAGCGCCACUGA